CUCGGUGCUGCCCCCUGUCAGCUGACGUGGCAAGGCGGCAAGAUGGCGGCCGUGUAAACAGACCCCGCCGCUGGUGACCACGAUGAGGCGCUGCUGGACGCUUCUGCUGGGGGCCGCCCUGCUGGGGGCCGCCAAGGGGGACGAGCACACGCACACGUACAAGGACCGGGAGGAGGUGGUACUAUGGAUGAAUACGGUUGGCCCCUACCACAACCGACAGGAGACAUACAGCUAUUUCUCCCUGCCCUUCUGCGUGGGUCCCAAAAGCAAGAUAUCUCACUACCACGAAACCCUCGGCGAAGCUCUUCAAGGCGUGGAGCUGGAAUUUUCCGGCCUGGACAUCGACUACAAGGAGGACAUCGCCAAGACCACAUACUGCGAGGUGGAGCUCAAUGAAGUGCGGCUUCGGACAUUCAUCUAUGCCGUGAAAAACCACUAUUGGUAUCAAAUGUACAUUGACGACCUGCCGAUCUGGGGCAUCGUCGGCGAAAUGGACGAGACUACAGAGGACUUCUACAUCUGGACGCACAAACGCUUCGACCUUGGCUACAACGGGGAGCAGAUCGUCGAUGUUAAUUUGACCUCCGAGGCGCGGCAGAGGCUCGAGCUGGGGGCCAAGGUCAAGUUCACGUAUGAGGUCAACUGGAAGAGGUCGUCGGUGCGAUUCGAGGACCGGUUCGACAAGUAUCUCGACCCGACAUUCUUCCAGCAUAGGAUUCACUGGUUCAGCAUCUUCAACUCCUUCAUGAUGGUCAUCUUCCUGGUGGGUCUGGUGUCGAUGAUCUUGAUGAGAACGCUACGGAAGGACUACGCUCGCUACUCCAAGGACGAGGAGAUGGAUGACAUGGAGCGUGACCUGGGCGAUGAGUAUGGGUGGAAGCAGGUCCACGGCGAUGUCUUCCGCCCGCCGGCCCAUCCGCUCCUCUUCUCCGCUCUCAUCGGCUCGGGCUGCCAAAUGUUGACGGUCACCUUUCUCGUCAUCCUGUUGGCCAUCGUCGGCGAGCUGUACACUGAACGAGGCUCCAUGGUCAGCAUCGCAAUCUUCAUCUACGCAGCGACCUCUCCCGUCAACGGCUACUUUGGGGGGUCACUCUACGCGCGCAUGGGAGGCAAAGUAUGGAUUAGGCAGAUGAUGGUGUCCGCCCUUCUUCUACCAACCCUCGUCUGCGGAACAGCCUUCUUCAUCAAUUUCAUCGCCAUCUACUACCAUGCGUCGAGGGCCAUCGCCUUCACUAUCAUGUUAGCAGUGGUGUGCAUCUGUACGUUUGUGAUCCUGCCGCUGACGCUGGUGGGCACGGUGCUGGGGCGGAACCUGGCCGGCCAACCCAACUACCCCUGCCGCAUCAACGCUGUGCCUCGCCCCAUACCCGAGAAGAAGUGGUUCAUGGAGCCCCUUGUCAUUAUACCCCUCGGUGGUGUGCUGCCCUUCGGAUCGAUCUUCAUAGAGAUGUACUUCAUCUUCACAUCCCCUAAACCUCACCUUCUCCUCAUCGCCAGGUACUCCAUCUUCACAUCCCCUAACCCUCACCUUCUCCCCAUCGCCAGGCACUUCAUCUUCCUGUCCCCUAAACCUCACCUUCUCCUCAUCGCCAGGCACUUCAUCUUCACAUCCCCUAAACCUCACCUUCUCCUCAUCGCCAGGUACUUCAUCUUCACAUCAUUCUGGGCGUACAAGAUCUACUACGUGUACGGGUUCAUGCUGCUGGUCCUGGUGAUCCUGCUGGUGGUGGUGGUCUGCGUCACCAUCGUCUGCGCCUACUUCCUGCUCAACGCCGAGGACUAUCGCUGGCAGUGGACGGCAUUCCUGGCGGCGGCGUCCACGGCAGGCUAUGUCUACCUCUACGCCGUGUACUACUUCUUCUUCAAGACUAAGAUGUAUGGGUUCUUCCAGACCAGCUUCUACUUUGGGUACAUGGCACUGUUCAGCCUCACCCUGGGCGUCAUGUGUGGCACUAUUGGCUUCCUCGGCACCAGCAAGUUCGUGCACAAGAUAUACUCCACCGUCAAGAUCGACUAGUGGAGGUCUAGGCUAGUGACCCCUCGAAGAGCCUUGGUUUUCCCUCAUACCUUCGUUUUAGCAUAGUGACCCCUUGCUAGGCUACGUUUUCCAUGUUGACUUCAUUUUCUUUUAAGCUAGUGACCCCUUAAAGAGCCUUGGUUUUCCCUCAUACCUUCGUUUUAGCCUAGUGACCCCUUGAAGAGCCUUGGUUUUAGGCUAGUGACCCCUUGCUAGGCUACGUUUUCCAUCUUGUCUUCAUUUUCUUUUAAGCUAGUGACCCCUUGAAGAGCCUUGGUUUUCCCUCUCACCUUCAUUUUAGGCUAGUGACCCCUUGGUAGGCUACGUUUUCCUUGUCUUCAUUUUCUUUUAGGCUAGUGACCCCUUGUAGUCGGUUCGGCCAAGUCUGGGGUGAGGGUUAUCGUGCGCUGGCAACCUGGUGGCACGCGGCAUGUCCGAUUUCGUGGAUGGUGUAUUUUAGACUAGGCACAGUAUACAGUCAUUGUUGGUAAUAUGCAAGCAGGAAUAACAAAUACAGGUAGCUUGAUUUACGUGAGUCUUGUGUCCUUGAAGAGGUCGCGUAAAUCAUAAACAGUGUAAAUCCAACAAGAGGUCUGUUUGUACCUGUAUUGCCUACUGUAUCACUCGGACUCCUCUCCCUCUCGUGGUUCCUCCCCUGGCUGCCCUUCCCCUCAUGGUGGCACAUCAGCGAGGGUGUUGUUGUUGAGCAGCGUGGGUACUGUAUUGUUGUUCAAGUGACGCGCGGGGAGAACCGAGCUCAGCUGUGUGGCCGUGUGAGUCCAGUUGCGUGAGACAUCUGGUGGACACUCCAUAAAAUAUCGCGUAUAAGUGAAAAAAACUUGUAAAUUAAGCAUUUAUUUGGAUUUUGGACCAUGUGUUAUUUCAAAAACGCGUAAACGAAGCUCGCAUAAAUCGAGAGUUACCUGUAAAUAUAUAACGUACAGACUUAACAGUGAGACAGAUCGCCAUGCUCAGGUCAUCGCUAGGUACGUCAACACUGGUAGGUUCCCCGCGCCAAGCCACAGGGCUCAACUUAGAAUGGAAAGACUAUUAUGUCGCAAAUACCUUUGUUAAUAAGAUAAAACCUGGUAAUCUUAAUAGAGGACAACGCCAAGUCUGUUAAAUAAAUCAUAAUCAUCGAUCUAGCAAACUAACAUAACAGCUAUUUCCGACAAACCUCAUACUUCUUAACGCAAAAUUGAUCGCGAUUGAUGGUAUUGGUUAUUGAUGUCUGCGUACUAUCGACACCAAUGACUGUUCAAUAUGCGUAGGCUAGCACACAGGAGCCACAAAAUCGGACACGACACUCGACACCAGGUUGCCGGUGCACGAUAAUCCUCACCCCAGACUUGGCUCGACCGAUUAGGGUAGUGCUAAGCUUCCUUCCUUUGUUUACAUUUUAGCAUAGUGACCCCUCAACAGGCCUGGUUUUCUCUUGUUUUCUCCCGUUUUCUUUGGUGGUAACGUUGUUUAUCCUGUUAUUGAUUGGUUGAUUAUUUGUUUGUUUAUUAUUAUUAUUAUUAUUAUUAUUAUUAUUGUUAUUUAAUUUGUGUUUUGUUGAUUAUGAUUUUUAAUUGAUUUUUUACGUUAGUUUUAUUAUUUUGCGUUUCUCUCUCUCUCUCUCUCUCUCUCUUCCUCUUUUCUUCCCUUCCUCCCUUCCUUUCUUCCUUCUCUUCCUUCCCUCCCUCCCUCCCUCCCUCCUUUCUUCUUUCCUUCCUUCCUUUUAUUAUUAUUAUUAUUAUUAUUAUUAUUAUUAUUUUCUUUCUUUUCUAUGCAGUGAUUAUAAAAUAUUAGAGGUUGUGUGCGUGUCUGUGUGUACGUGUGUGUGUGUGUGUGUGCGUUGGUUUAAAUAUUAUAGACGCUCUUUUUUUUUUUUUCUCGGUCUUCCUCGGUCUCUCUCUCUCUCUCUCUCUCUCUGCAUCUUCCUCCUCCUCCUCCUCCUCUUCUUCUUCUUCCUCUUCUUCUAUAAGUGAGUGAGAAGUUGUAUAUAGAUUAGAGAGAGAGAGAGAUAGUUAGUGUAGGUCUCUCUCUCUCUCUGCAUCUUCCUCCUCCUCCUCCUCCUUCUCCUUCUCCUCCUCCUCUUCUUCUUCCUCUUCCUCUAUAGGUGAGUGAGAAGUUGUAUAUAGAUUAGAGAGAGAGUGUGUGGGUUUCUCUCUCUCUCUCUCUCUCUCUCUCUCUCUCUCUCUCUCUCUCAUUUAUCUCAUUCCAAAUUGCAUUAUUAUUAUUAUUAUUAUUAUUAUUAUUAUUAUUAUUAUUAUUAUUAUUAUUAUUAUUUCCUAUUCCUUUUAUAUUAAUCAUCCUUCUAUUGUGAUAUAUAUAAUUACUAACCAAUUAUUAUUAUUAUUAUUAUUAUUAUUUAUGUAUUUAUUUAAUUUAUUCUUCGCAUCGCUACUUACAGACAUACAUAGAAAGAUAAUAAUAAUAAUAAUAAUAAUAAUAAUAAUAGAAGAAGAAGAAUUAUCAUAGUCAUCCUUUAUUUCACUCACGUUUUCUUUGUUUACGACCUUUUUUAGCGGUGACUCAAGUAUUUUUUAUCAUUAUUUUUACUGACAUAAUAAUAAUAAUAAUAAUAAUAAUAAUAAUAAUAAUAAUAGUAAUAUAGAAACCGUCCCAUAAUUACGUCAUCUAUUGCAUUGUUUCUCUUAUAGUUUCCCUUCCCUUCCAUUCGGCUGCAGUGUUCCCUUAGUUGAAUUUAGAAGCGGUCGAAAUACCCCCUGUGUGUGUGUGUGUAUGCGUGUUUGUGUGUGUGUGUGUGUGUGUGUGUGUGUGUGCGUAAUUCACAACGGCACGGGCUCAUCACGUGUUCGACUUGUGUGUGUGUGUGUGUGUGUUUUUGUGUAAGUUAGCAAAGCAGGAUCUUGUAUUUCUGAAACCAUGCUAGUAGAAAAUCUUGCGUGUGUGUGUGCGCGCGUGUGUGUGUGUGUGUGUGCGCGCGCCAGCUCCGAUGUGCACCACUGUAUAUCCCCUUUUUUAUACAUACAUACAUACGUACAUAUAUAUAAAUACGUACAUACAUGUUUACCUAUAUCCCAUACUUACAAAUAGCCAUGUACGCAAAACUUCUGGUGUGUGUGUGCGUUUAUGUGCGUGUGUGUGUAGGUUAGCUCUGGUUUACAUAAGUGAGUGAUUUAUAUAUUAAGUGAAUUUGUAAGUAAUAGUAGUAGUAUCAUUAUUAUUACUACUACUAUUAUUAUUAUUAUUAUUAUUAUUAUUAUUAUUAUUAUUAUCAGGUUUAAUAUAUAUGAGCUCCUCCUCCUCUUCUUCUUCCUCCUCCUCCUCCUCCUCCUCCUCCUCUCUUUCUUCCUUAAAAACAAUAGCAAAAAAAAUAUAUAUGAUUGAUUGUAAAUAUCUAUUCCGAGACAAUUUUUCUACGUAGUGAAUUUAAACCAGACCCCCCCCCUACCCCCCCCUCUCUCUCUCUCUCUCUAUCUAUCUAUCUAUCUGUUCCUUUUGCAAUCCCCCCCCUUUCCAGCGCUGUUUCCUUCUCUCUCUCUCUCUCUCUCUCUCUCCGAUCUUCUUCCUCCUCCUCCUUGUGUUGGGUAUACUUGUAAUCUCCUCUCUACACCAUCUUCCUCCUCCUCUUCCUCCUCCUCUUCUUCUUCCUCCUCCUCCUCCUCCUUUGGGUAUGGGUGUAAGGGUAUAGUUUGUCAUUAUUAUUAUUAUUAUUAUUAUUAUUAGCAUUGUGAGUGUUUUGUAUAUGGUGAAGGGAUAUACAUGAGUUACUAUGAUGAUUAUUAUUAUUAUUAUUAUUAUUUUUAUUAUUAUUAUUAUUUCUGGUGUGAUUUCCAUAAUAGUUGUAAGAUGACAUUCUCUCUCUCUCUCUCUCUCUCUCUCUCUCUCUCUCUCUCUCUCUCUCUCUCUCUCUCUCUCACUGGCUUGAAUAAAUAAAUAAAUAAAUAAAAAACAAAGAAAAAUAU